CAAUGAAAGAGAAGGAGGCGGAAUAUGGCGGUCUGUUCUUAUCUUGGAUCGGUCCAUUUCCCAUAGCAGUCGUGAGCGAGCCUCAAAUAGCUAAGGACAUAUUAACUUCGCCAAAUUGUGUCAAUAAGAGUUUUGUGUAUAAGGGAGUAGAGGAUGCAACUGGACCAGGCUUGUUUACGAUAGACGAGCCUGAAUGGAGUUAUCAUAGAAAAUUAUUAAAUCCGGCUUUUGGGCAUAAAAUAUUGCUUAAUUUUAUACCAUUCUUUAAUAAAGAGGUUGAUCACUUAAUGGAAGUUUUUAAAACCAUAACAGAUGUUGAUGGAGUGGAUUUGGUACCGAUACUGCAAAAAUUUACCUUAAAAAUCGCCACCCAAACUACAAUGGGUCAAAAUUUAAGACUUCAUGGCUCAGCUGUGGAUGAGUCUUUAUUGCAAUCUUUUCCAUACGUUCAAGAGACAAUUACCGAAAUGGGUACAUUGUCGUGGUUAAGCAUGAAAGCGAUGAUUUGGAUUUUAGGAGACUACGAGCAAUAUAAAAGGUCUAAAACGGUUAUUCGCAAAUUCAUAGGCAAUCUUAUUACGGAACGCACGAAAACUUUGCCGGAUCAGUUGAAGCUUGAUGGCAAUAUUUUUAUAAAUCGAGCUAUUGACUUACUUCAACAAGGAAGAUUUUCACGUAAAAAUGUUGAAGAUGAAUCAAUUGUCAUAGUUUUCGGGGCGUUUGAAACGACAGCAACCACUUUAAAGCACAUUUUAAUUCUGUUGGCAAUGCACCCUCAAUGCCAGGAGCGAGCUUUUGAAGAAGUCUCAUCAUUGUGGCCUGAAAGCGGGUCUUUCGAAAUGAAUUAUUCGGACAUACAAAAACUUUCCUAUGUUAGCAUGGUGAUUGACGAAACGAUGCGUGUAAUGGCUACUGUCCCAGUAGUGGGAAGACAGCUACUUUCAGACACGAAACUAAGCAAUGGCGUCGUUCUGCCAAAGGGGAUUCAAGUUCUAAUAGAUAUAUUUAAUAUGCAACGCAGAGAAGAUAUUUGGGGACCGGAAGCUCACCUCUUUAAUCCUGAAAACUUUUUGCCAUCAAAUAUAGACAGCAAACAUCCCUACGCAUAUAUACCCUUUACGAAAGGUAUACGGAAUUGUAUUGGGUCUAAAUAUGCAUUGCUGUCGCUAAAAAUUGCCGUGUCUAAACUUGUAAGAAAUUUCAGAUUCACUACCGACUUUCAGUACAAUAAUUUACAUUUUGUCGAAAACAUAACAUUAAAUCUUAAGCAGGCGCCACUGAUCAGAAUUCAUAAACGACAGAUGUAAUUCGCUUACGUAACCUAAAUAUGUAUGUACAAGUAAAAACGUGUAAUAAUAAUGGAAUUAAUAUAUGUGCGUACUAUAAUUAAA